AUGGCUUCAGCUACACAAGAGAAAAAAGUACACAUAGUACACCUGGGAGAGCAUAUUGAUCACAAAACGCCCGAAGAAAUCGAAGGUAUCCAUCAUUCGUAUCUAUCGUCUGUGAAGGAAAAUGAGGACGAUGCAAAAUCUUCUCUUAUUUACAGUUACAAGAAAAUUAGUGGUUUUGCGGCACUACUAACCCCGCACGAAGCUCAUAAACUUUCCGAAAUGGAGAAUGUGAUGUCUGUGUUUCAGAGCCACGGACACAAGGACAACUUGUGGUUGAAAUCCAAAUAUGGCGAAAACAUUAUUAUUGGCGUGAUAGACUCUGGUGUGUGGCCCGAGUCGAAGAGUUUCAAUGAUGAGGGGAUGGGACCCAUACCACACACGUGGAAAGGAAUUUGUCAGUCUGGUGAUGCAUUCAACUCAUCACACUGUAAUAGGAAGAUAAUUGGCGCUCGGUACUACCACAAGGGCACCGAAACCGAGAACGGCCCGGUGAACCGAACAAUAGACUUCCUUUCUCCCCGUGACGUGCACGGGCACGGGACCCACACGGCAUCCACGGCCGCUGGACGGCGGGUCGACAACGUCUCGUCGUCCACCGGCUUUGCCCCGGGUGUCGCCACCGGCGGCGCCCCGAUGGCACGCCUCGCCAUUUACAAGGUGGAUUGGUUGUCCAUAGGCAGCUCUGAAGCCGACGUGCUUGCCGCCUUCGACGAUGCCAUAGCUGACGGGGUCCACAUCAUUAGCAUCUCAAUGAACAACGAUGAUCCAACCCCUUACGCGUCGAGUGGCAUAACAGUCGGGGCUUUCCACGCAGUCCGUUAUGGCAUUGUCGUGGCCGGCAGCGCGGGGAACUUCGGCCCUGUGCUUAAUGAGGCCCUGUGGAUGGUCACGGUCGGCGCCACCAGCCUGGACAGGAUGUUCAAAGCUCCGUGUGAUGUAUUCUGCCCAGAUUUUGGAGCCAAAGUGUGCGAUGUAUUCUUCCCGGAUUUUGGGGCCAAAGUGUGCGAUGUAUUCUGCCCAGAUUUUGGGGCCAAAGUGUGCGAUGUAUUCUGCCCAGAUUUUGGGGCCAAAGUGUGUGAUGUAUUCUGCCUGGAUUUUGGGCCAAAGUGUGCGAUGUAUUCUGCUCAGAUUUUGGGGCCAAAGUGUGCGAUGUAUUCUGCCCGGAUUUUGGGGCUAAAGUGUGUGAUGUAUUCUGUUCGAAUUUUUGGACCAAAGUGUGCGAUGUAUUCUGCUCGGAUUGUUGGGCAAAGUGCGUGGUUCUUUCUGUUCGGAUUUUGGGACGAAAUAAGAAAUUUUUCUGCCUGGAUUUUGGGGCACAGUGAGUGCUUUUUUCCUGCCAGGAUUUUGGGGCAAAGUGCGUGGAUUUUUUUUGCCCGGAUUUUGGGAACACAAAUGAGUGAUUUUUUAUGCUCGGGAUUUAGGAGCACAAAUGAGUGA